AUGAAGCUGCCUUUCGGAAUUGCCCUGUCGGUUCUGCUCCUCCUGGGGCUAAUCUGCGCAAAGGAUAACCCCAUCAAGCCGCACAGUAGAGACAAGUACAGAAAUAAAUUUCGUAAAAAACACAAAAUACCCACCUUAAGUAACGACUCGGAUCGGAAUUUCCUACAGAUGAAGGGUGCACACAUUUACAACCCCUCCUUAGCGUACAGAGACCUAUUCGACAACAACUCAUUGGGAACGUCCACCAUUUACUACAACCGCCUCAUGUGGGGGGCCGUUAUCUUCCUGUUCAUGUUUAUACUGGUGAGCAGCAUAGGAGUGUUUCUUUAUGUGAACAACUUGGAGAGCAACGCACCGAAGAAGAGACACGUGAAGAACGCCACAAACUACUACGUCGUCAAUCCGACCGUGCCCUACGUUUAG